AUGUCACUACUCACAAUUUUCCUUGCCAGCUUGGCUUCAGCUCAAUGCCCUGCUUACACAUGUGCCGAACUCUCAACAGACAUUUGCAUGACCUGAAGCAAUAACGCUGUCCAAUUUAACAAAAAUAGCUGCACAUCUCAUAGCCAAAGCUGUUUGAUUUCUAAAGCAAUGCUUGAAUACUCAUUUAACCCUUCACAAGGCAACUAUUCUUGUGAGGCAUCCUCUUCUUUGGGUUACACAUAUGGUUUUAUGGACUGUGGAGAACAAUUAGAGACAGAAAUUUAUUUAAAAUCUGGAACGUUCCCAAAAAGCUGCUCUUCAGCAGGUUACAGUGAUGAGAACUGCUUAUUAGAAGAUGGAAAUUAUUUGGAAUGUGGCUGUGGAUUCGAUUCACUUUUAUAUUGUAAGCCGAAUCCAAGCUCAUACGUUUUUAAGAAAUUCUGGGAUAUAGAGGUUUCCUCUAUAUAGCGCUAAAAGCGCAGACAUUUUCCCAGGAGCUUUCCAAGUUCGUCGGACCAAAUCGCUUUUUGGUCCGACCAAGGCAUUGAUUUGGUGCAACCUACCGAUAAAUUCGAUCAGAAUUUAUCGGCCUUACAGCGCCAAACAUAGGAAACUUCUAUACUUGUUCAGAUCAAGAUAACAUUGUGACUUCAGAAUUUUAUGAAUAUUAUGAUCUUCUUUAUUCCUUCUACGUUGAAUAUAAUACUGCACCUGACUGCGCUCUGACUCUUUUCCAGGAGUUUGGCAUACUUCAAGGAACAGUUCCUAAAAGCAGUUCAGCUGUUUUUAUUGGCUUAGGUGCCAUAAUUGCAGUCUUUGCUUUCUAA